CUGGACCAUCCAAAACGUACUGGAAGGCGGAAACCAUUCGAGAAAGAAUGUAACACAAGCUUCUGGAAAUCUCCCGACAGUUUCCUCCAGAAACUUCCCACCCAACCUUAUAAAUUCGCAAAACCAUCCACACUGCCUAAGACAUUUGAGUAACUUCGCAUCCGGAAAGCCAAAACAAAACUCUAACAAUCUCAGCCAAGAUUCCUGCAGCGAAGAAGAGGAGAAUGGAUUUCAGAAUCAUGGGUUUGGAUUCUCCAUUGUUGCAAACUCUCCAGCACGUGAUGGACCUCCCCGACGACACGGAGAAGACCACUAACCUACCAUCAAGGACCUACGUGCGUGAUGCCAAGGCCAUGGCAGCGACCCCAGCGGACAUCAAAGAGUACCCCAACUCUUAUGUGUUCAUCGUCGACAUGCCGGGGCUGAAAUCAGGGGACAUCAAGGUUCAAGUGGAGGACGACAAUGUGCUGUUGAUCAGCGGAGAGAGGAAGCGAGAGGAAGAGAAAGAAGGAGCCAAGUACGUGAGAAUGGAGAGGCGGGUCGGCACCAUGAGGAAGUUUGUGAUGCCCGAGAAUGCUAAUACUGACGCUAUCUCUGCAGUGUGUCAAGAUGGGGUUUUGACUGUCACUGUGGAGAAAUUGCCACCGCCUGAGCCCAAGAAACCUAAGACCAUUGAGGUCAAGAUUGCUUGAGAGAGUCGUAGUUUGGGGAGGUUUUAUGGGCCAUGGUUAUAGCCUAUGAGGCGUUAAAUAAUUUGGGUUUAUCUGUAGUUCUGUGUUUCCUGUGCUGGCUUCUGAAAUGUGUGUGUGUUUUCGGUUUGGCAGUUCCACUCCUGUUGAAUGUUGGGUUAUGAUGAAAUACCUAUGGUUUUAAUAUUUUUCUUGUAUGUUUUCUGUUCUCCUACUUAAUAUGCAAUGCCAGUAAAAUUUUAGUUGUCAAUGAUGAAUGAAUGUUUUCAUGUCUUAA